AUGCGUCUUCGUCCUGCCUUUGUCUCGCUUAUAGCACUGGCAACCUCUGCGUUGACCAAAAUCCAUGGUGCAGCUCCAGUGUAUACUGCUACGCUUGAAUCUUCUGCUGUUCAGUCUGCCUUGGACACCCGCGAUGUCCCCAACAAUGUUGACUAUCGUUGCGGUCCUAAAAUUGGCAAAUGCCCAGUCGGCACAUGCUGCUCCGGUGCAGGCUUCUGUGGGACUUCCAAGGCACACUGCCGCUCCCCGGACUGCAAGAUUGACUACGGCCAUUGUGACGCUCAUCGAUCCCCUUAUGGCCCCCCUACCAAAGAGAUUCCUCGGCCACAUCUUGGUCAAGUCCCAUUCGGCCCAACCCAGAUCCGCUCGUGUGCCAUCCCCGGAACUGUCGCGCUGACUUUCGACGAUGGCCCAACUCGUUACACAGGGGAUUUGCUCGAUUUGCUUGACAAAUACGAUGCCAAGGCGACGUUCUUCGUCACAGGAAUCAACAACGGAAAGGGUGCGAUUGAUGACCUCACCUUGCCCUGGGCCUCGCUAAUCGAGCGCAUGCAUUCGAGUGGUCACCAGGUUGCCAGUCACACUUGGUCGCACCAGGAUCUCAGCAAGGUCACCCCCUCUCAACGCAGUGAGCAGAUGGAGAAGAACGAAGCCGCCAUACGAAAUAUUCUUGGUCACUUCCCUAGCUACAUGCGACCACCUUACUCCAGCUGUACCCCUGAUACGGAAUGUGGAAAGCAGCUCGGUGAACUUGGCUAUCACAUCAUUCUCUAUGAUAUCGAUACGGACGACUACAAGAAUGACAGCCCCGACUUGAUCCAACGAUCCAAGGAUAUUUUCGAUCACCAAGUACUCCAGGGCGAUCCUCUCACCAAGUCUUGGCUUGUCAUCGCCCAUGAUGCUCAUGAACAGACGGUCCACAACCUCACAGAGUAUAUGCUCAAAUCCAUCAAGAGAUUGGGGUACCGGGCAAUCACUGUCGGAGACUGCCUUCGCGAUCCUCGGCCCCUUUGGUACCGCAAAGACACCCGCAUGCCCACUCAGAAGGAAAAACCCAAGAAGCCAGCAUCGGCAGAUCCCAACAAGGCGGUCUCCUGGGACGGAUCUUGCGGCUCCAACUAUACCUGUCUUGGAUCCACCUUUGGUUUCUGCUGCAGUAGCGAAAAUGCCUGUGGCAACACAAGUAAUCAUUGUGGCAAAGGCUGCCGCAAGGACGCCGGUUAUUGCACUGUCGAUGUUCCUGGCAAUGGCGAUGCCUGGGACCCAAAAAUUGAUACCACAAUCUCCAAGUCAGAGGCCGAUGUUGAAAUUCGAAUGCUUGGGUCCGCGGUCAUGGCAGCUAUGACGUCCUUGCUCCUUGCCUUUAUUGUUGCGAUGCUCAUGUAA